UUAAGACCAUGGAGUUGACGGACUGGUCAGUAUUUGGGUGACAAAUUUGGCAGGAAGCGGUCUAGAGAUGAAGGUGUAUUGGGCAGCGUUAGCCCUAGUGUUAGUGAUCGUUGGUGCUAACGCUCAGGAUGACUUGUGUGGAGAACGGCCGAACUUCUCCUUCGUGAGAAACGAGAACUACUGCUAUCGGUACUUUAUGUGCAUCUACGGCUUUGCCUAUCCGAUGCGAUGCAGUGGAGAGUUUUGGUUCAGCGAGGAGUCCCAAAGCUGUCAACCGCAGGAUCAGGUGACGUGCGAUAUUACAGGACCUCCACCGACUCCGGUCCCGACGCCAGGCAUUUGCGACAAUACGGAGGACAAUGAACUCGUACUGCAUCCGUACUUUUGCAACACCUACUACAUCUGCGUUGGACAGAUUGGAACGCCGGUGGUUUGUCCUUCGGGAAUGUGGUUUGACGCAGAGCGACGAAUCUGCGCAGAUCCCUUGGACGUUAGCUGUCCCCACGGACCCACUGGAGCGGCCAGAUGCCGCAUGGAAGAAGACUUCGCGCUGGUCCCAAACGAGCACUACUGCUACCGGUACUACCAAUGUAUCAACGGAUUCCCGUACCCAAUGAGCUGUCCAGAUAACACGUGGUUCGAUGCCGUACGUGACGUCUGUGACGAUCCUGCUAACGUCGAGUGCAUCCUGGAGCCGGGUGAGCCUAUUCGGCCUCCAACUCCCCGAAUCUGUGACAACACACCCAACAACGUCCUCACAGCGAAUCCGACCGCAUGCAACAAGUACUACGUCUGUGUUGAUCAAAUCGGAUGGUCCAAGAUCUGUCCACUCAACCUGUGGUUUGACGAACAACAACAAACCUGCGUACCUGCAGGUACCGUGGACUGUCCCCUAGGACCACCCUUCCCCCCAGAGACCACAACAACUCCCUUCAGCCGUUGUGACGACGUUCCAAAUCUGUCGUUUGUUCGCAACGAAGACUACUGCUACCGCUACUUCCAGUGCCGAAACGGAGUGCCCUUCCCGUUGAUCUGCCAGAACAACCUCUGGUUCUCAGAAGAGCAGCAACGCUGCGUAGAUCCGGACACGAUCGAGUGCGAGAUCGACCACCCACCACCACCGGUAACGCCAACUCCGGGAAUCUGCAACGACGCCGAAGACGGACAGCUGGUACAACACCCGUUCCACUGCAAUCAGUACUAUCUGUGCGUGAACGGGGUAGGAUUCCCCACGAUUUGCCCCUCAGGUCAAUGGUUCGAUGAACCAAACCAAACCUGCAACAACCCCCUCUUCGUAGACUGCCCACAUGGUCCGUCAACGCCAGCACCAGAUCCGUUUGCCGUGUGCGAGGGCGUCACCGAUUACCACUUUGUCGAGAAUGACAACUACUGCUACCGAUACUUCCAGUGCAUCGGAGGAACUCCGUACCCGCUCGUCUGCCACGACGGCAUGUGGUUCGACGAAGAACGUCAGCUGUGCGACCGGCCAGAGUACGUAGAAUGCGACGCGACACCACCACCGAUCGUACGUCCCCCUGCUUUCGCCGAUAUCUGCGAUGAUGUCCGGGAUGGAGAGCUGGCACCCCAUCACACCUUCUGCAACGAAUACUUCCUAUGCGUGCGCGAGGUUGGCUGGCCUCUGAUCUGCCCUCCGGGACUGUGGUUCGACCAGGAACAGCAAACUUGCUCAGCUGCGGGUACCGUCGAGUGCACGUUGGCUCCAGAACGUCCCCCGGUUACCGAGAGUCCGUACGCUAGGUGUUCCGGAAUUCCAGAAAACGCUUACGUUCGUGAUCCAAACUACUGCUACCGGUACUUCAAGUGUGUUGGGGGUUCGCCAUUCCCGAUGAUCUGCCCCAACGAGCAGUGGUUCGACGAACGACAGCAACGCUGCCGCGAUCGCUCUGAAGUCGACUGCGUUGUCGAAGACGAACCUCCACGCCCUCCACCAACUGCGGGUAUUUGCAACGGUGUCACGAAUGCCAUUCAGGUCCCCAACCCAAGAGCGUGCAACCAAUUCUACAUUUGUGUCGAUGAAAUCGGCUUUCCUCAGAUUUGCGGACCUGGAUUGUGGUUUGACGAAGAACGACAAACCUGCUCGCCACCUGGAGAGACCAGCUGUGAUCUGGGACCUCCACCGACGACGACUAUCGCACCUCACCCGUGGGCAUUGUGUGACGAUGCCCCUAACUACUCCCUCGUAGCAAGCCCGAACUACUGCUACCGAUUCUUCCAGUGUAUCGAUGGGGCUCCCUUCCCGAUGAUCUGCCCCAACGAGCUGUGGUUCGACGAGGAGCGACAGAUGUGCGCGGAUUCUUCCGAAGUCUCCUGCGUCGUCAAUCCAAACCCUCCGGUCGUUCCCCCGACUCCGCAAAUCUGCGCCGGAAUCGCCAACGGACGCCAGGUGCAGAAUCCGCGAGCCUGCAACCAGUUCUACGUUUGCGUCGAUCAAGUCGGAUACUCGCUGGUGUGUCCAACUGGGCUUUGGUUCGACGAGUUCCACCAGAUCUGCUCCCCUCCUUCGUCCACCUACUGUCCGUUGGCACCGGUAACAACCACCCCCUCCCCGUACGAACGCUGCCACGGUAUCCCGGACUACGAAACUGUACGGAAUGAUUUCUUCUGCUACCGGUACUACCAGUGCUUGGACGAGGUGGCUUAUCCGAUGAUCUGCCGGCCUGGCCUGUGGUACGAUCACGAGCGACAGGUGUGCGACUUGAGCCGGAACGUGCAGUGCGAGCUGCGACCUGGUAAUCCUGGACCUAUCAACCCAACGCCGGGUAUUUGCGAUGACGUCCAAGAUGGACGGUUCGAACGGAACUGGAACUUCUGUAACCAAUACUACCUCUGCGUAGGCCAGGUAGGAUACCCCCAAAUCUGUCCCGACGGGCUGUGGUUCUCGGAAAACCGUCAAACGUGCGACCUGCCCGAUAACGUGUUCUGUCCGCUGGGAGCGUCGACGCCGGCCCCAACACCGGAAACGCGCUGCUACGGAAAGUCCGACCUCUCGCUGGUUCACAACGAGUACUACUGCUACCGGUACUUCCAAUGCUUCAACGGUAUCCCCUACCCAAUGAUCUGCAGCGGCGAGCUGUGGUUCUCCGAGGCCGACCAAAGCUGCCUGCCGGCGGACGAGGUCGAGUGCGUCGUUCAGGACCGACCCCCGGUCGUCCCGCCUACUCCGCAGAUCUGCGACGGAGUCACAAACGGUCGCCAGGUGCUACAUCCCUUCUUCUGCAACCAGUUCUACGUGUGCAUCGACCAAGUCGGUUUCCGCCAGGUGUGUCCGUUCGGUUUGUGGUUCUCGGAAGAACUCCAAAACUGCGUGUCCGCUGGAGAGGCUGAAUGUCCGCACGGAUUGACCCCAACCGCCUCCCCCAUUGAAAACAUCUGCGUGGACAAACCCAUGGGCGCCAAAGUUGCAAAUCCCACGGAUUGCUCGUGGUUCUUUAUCUGUAUCAACGGAGAACCGUUCCCGUCGCCCUGCCCCGAGGGCAUGGAGUUUGACGGACCGCUACGCCAGUGUGUUCCGGCAGGUGAAGCCGAAUGCUCUGACUCCGUGACCACUCCGGCAACUCCGCAUCCGUGCUUCGAAGAGGAGGACUACACGCUGGUGAGGAGUCCGUACAGCUGCGCUGGGUACUACGAGUGCAUCGGAGGCUACGGUCGGCCCUCGUUCUGUACGGAGGGUGAGUACUUUAGCGAGGAGCUGCAACGCUGUGAUGCUGCGGAAAAUGUGGACUGCAGCGUGGAGGAUUCGUCGUCGGAGGAAGAUUAAUUCGUGGAAUAACUAAAGCGAGAUUGAAUGUAUAGAAUGCUGUAAAAUAAACAAUUCAUGAUCAAAAA